AUAAGCGAGAUAAGACAAAGCGAAGAGUUCGACAGUGGCCCGACCCGUUAGACGGAAACUCCUCUCUCGACCGCCUCCAAAUGUCGCAGCCUCCAUUAACAUAAACCCAAUACCUCAGCCCAUAGCUUUUUCUCUUCGGUGAGCGCAUGGAGCUGAGCUGCAUCGCUUCUUCGAGCUCUCUGUCUCUCUUAUCCGGGGGCGGGUUAUGCGUUCGACGAGGAGAUAGAAAAUGGAUGAGAAGGGCGUCGGUGCGGUCGACGGCGGAGAGGAUCGACGACGGCGGCGCUCCAAACAGAGGGAGAAGCCUCGCUGCUGGUGCGGGCCCCGCAAUGGAGAUAUCGGCACCGCCUUCUUCUUCCUCUGCCGACCUCGGCCGAGAGGCCGAUUUCCCCCUCUGGGAGAAACUCGGUGCAGUAGUCCGGUUGAGUUAUGGAAUUGGGAUUUAUGGAGCUAUGGCAGUGGCGGGGAAGUGGAUUUGUUCGAUUGCCGGCAUAGAUGAGACGGGAGGCUUCCAGCCGUCCCUCGAAGCUGUAAUCGACGGUCUGGGCUACGCUUCUCCGCCUAUUAUGGCUCUUCUCUUUAUCCUUGAUGAUGAGGUGGUGAAAUACUCUCCUCAUGCUCGAGCCAUUAGAGAUGUGGAGGAUGAGGAGCUGCGGAGCUUCUUCUAUGGGAUGUCGCCAUGGCAGUUUAUGUUAAUUGUUAUGGCGAGCUCGAUUGGGGAGGAGCUCUUCUAUCGGGUUGCAGUUCAGGGCGGAUUGUCAGACAUAUUUCUGAGAAGCACUGAACUUUUGAAAGAUGCUCGUGGAAUUGCUUCUCUGACCGGUGUUUUGCCUCCCUUGUUCCCAUUUGCACAAGCAUUUGCAGCUGCAAUCACAGCUGCUCUCACCGGAUCACUUUAUUAUGUUGCAGCUGGCCCAAAAGAUCCUGCAUAUGUAGUUGCACCAGUGUUGCAGUCUAGAUGUGGCCAUGAUGAUCUUAAGAAGCUCUUUGCAGCUUGGUAUGAAAGAAGGCAAAUGAAGAAGAUAUAUUCUCCUCUUCUAGAAGGAUUAUUGGCACUGUAUCUUGGUUUUGAGUGGAUUAAGACUGGUAAUAUUCUUGCUCCCAUGAUCACUCAUGGAAUUUACUCUACUGUGGUGCUCGGAAAUGGGCUUUGGAAAAUUCACGACCACCGGCGACGGCUGCGCCAUAGAAUCCAGCAAGUUAAGUUGGAAGGCAGUCACUCCCAUAAACUAUAGAAAGGAUGAUCUUUCUUCCUGGCACAAGACACAAAGCCAUAGGCAUCACUAGCCAAUGCUACCAAUACUUAAUCAAUCGCUUGUAUAUAUUUAUGUAAAGUUCCCAUAGAUUGGAGUAAUGGAAUCUUCUACACCAGACCUAAAAUUUUCUGGUGUUCAGCGGAAGGAAAACUUUUGAGUUUUGAGGAUUGGAAGAUUUCCUAAGCAUGAAAUAACAAUGUGGAAAUUACUAAUAUCUGCUUAACAUCCCAAUUGAUUUGUCUUUGAAACAUUUGUGGAUGAUUGUAAUCUCAAAGCAGAGCAAGAGUGCCAGGAAGCUAUAGAUCCAACAACUUGGAAGGUUCAUGGUUUUGAAAGAAAGCUAUCUUAACUUCUAUGAAGUGGGGAAAAUGAAGGAGAAACUAUCUCAGUGACAUUCAAGAGUGAUAUUUAUGUCAGUUGUUGGUUCCAAUGAAUUCUUUUCCUCAAUCAAAUGCUAAGAGGAUCAAACUUUUAGUGUGAAUGCCAAAAUUGGUGAUUGUCAAAAACAAAAUGUUUGUGUUAUGUAUGAUGAUCAGUUUGACUGUUC